AUGGAGCGGGUUUUCGCGUGCGUUGGCCUCGUCACGGCCGCUAUAAUAGCAGCCAAAGCCUUUAUUUUUCUUCGAAUCUACCUUCUUCCUUCCAACCUGCAUCGAUACAUCCACAACGCUGCCGACGGGCGUCAAGCUUGGGUGCUUGUAACGGGAGCGUCGGAUGGUAUCGGCCGAAGCCUUGCUCAAGAGCUUGCAGCCAACGGGCUUAAUGUCGUGCUCCACGGUCGCAACCGGGAAAAGCUGGCCACGGUCAUGUCGGAACUGCAGCAACUCUUCCCCAAGCGAUCCUUCCGCAUCUUGAUAGCGGACGCAAGCCAAGUCCGAGGUCUCACCCACAAUAAGACACACGAAACAGGUGUCGAUUUUGAAAGCAUCAAGGAAUCGCUGGAUGACUUGCAUCUCACCAUACUCAUCAACAACGCCGGAGGAGGCCCCGUCAACCCUGUCUGCCUCCCGUUCUCAGAAUCAUCCGAAGAGAGAGUCACCGCCAAUGUCAGCCUGAACGCGCUGUUCCCCGCCCAUCUUAUUCGCGUGCUUUUCACCUCAUCUUGCUAG